AUGGAGGGUAUGGAACCUCUAUUUGGUAACGGAGCAGUAGAGCCGAUGGACACGGGAGAGCUACCUCCUCCUCCACCAACUGCAACGCAACUUCUAGAAGAAAAGCGCUAUGCGGAGAAAAGGAAAUUCGGUGUAGUAGAUACGCAAAAGGAAGAGAUGCCCCCAGAACAUGUGCGGAAGAUAAUUCGUGACCAUGGCGAUAUGACAUCCCGUAAAUUCCGACAUGAUAAAAGAGUCUAUCUUGGAGCUUUGAAGUAUAUGCCUCAUGCCGUUCUCAAGCUCUUAGAAAAUAUGCCCAUGCCAUGGGAGCAGAUAAGAGAUGUCAAGGUGCUGUAUCAUAUCACUGGAGCGAUCUCGUUCGUCAAUGAGACCCCUCGUGUCAUAGAGCCUGUCUACUUGGCGCAAUGGGGAACCAUGUGGAUCAUGAUGAGACGAGAAAAGCGAGACCGUCGCCAUUUCAAGCGUAUGCGGUUUCCUCCAUUUGAUGACGAAGAGCCGCCACUCGAUUAUGCAGACAACAUCCUUGAUGUGGAGCCUCUAGAGCCUAUCCAGAUGGAGUUAGAUCCGGAAGAAGAUCAAACUGUUGCUGAAUGGUUUUAUGAUCACAAACCCCUAGCCACUACACGGUUUGUUAAUGGUCCCACAUACAGACGAUGGGCCUUCAGUAUUCCCAUAAUGGCCACACUAUAUCGUCUCGCAAAUCAACUUCUAACUGAUCUAACUGACGACAACUAUUACUAUUUGUUUGACUUGAAGUCAUUUUUCACUGCGAAAGCACUCAACGUGGCAAUUCCCGGUGGACCCAAAUUUGAACCUCUCAUAAAGGAUAUCAAUCUCGACGAAGACUGGAAUGAGUUCAACGACAUCAACAAAGUGAUAAUCAGAGCACCUAUUCGAACAGAAUAUCGCAUUGCCUUCCCGUACAUGUACAAUAACCUCGUGAAUGCUCUGCCAGUACAAGUUUCAUGGUAA